UGGCAGGCUCCCGCCCGUCCGCGGGUAAAUAGGUGAAAAUGGGGCUUGCCAACGCAAGUUCGUUAAUUUCGGCCCUAGACGCGUUAUGUUAUCCCGCACAGAGCAAAUUAGGGAACGUAGGCUGGUCAAAAUUAUCCUGAAUUCGCGUCCAUCACCAGCACUCGUUUCUCCCGCACAAACGGGCUGAGUGCUUCAACGGCUCUCCUUAUGAAGACUUUUGAUCACUAACGGCUCACAAGACUUAAGCACAGACUACGGAGGUUAGAUAAGUUGAACCGCCUGUGGGUCGUGGCUGAAUUUAUCCAUCCUCUACUCAAUGUUCAAGCAGUUGGAGUUGAUACUGAAGAGUUGGUUCUGUUGUUUUUUACAGCCUGAUACUACUUGUUUGGUCCGUUCGCAAUUUAUCGUCUGUUUGUCUUCCUUUGAGUCAGCUGCUAGCAGGACGGCCUGCGAGCUUGUUCGAACAAAUAGGCCCGCGAUACGAGCCACCUGAUUGUCUCGUAAACUGCUGGAAUGACAAGUAUCACUGCAACUGUUCUUUUUUUAGACAACCGUAGGUGACCCUAUAUUAGUUCGCUAUGGAUGAAAAAGAAACCACGGGACACGCACACGUAGCAUCGGAGCUAGACGUGUUGGAACCCCCACUGUUCUCAGCGACCCCUCGAUCUGCCCUUGUUGAGAUUCGUUUGGUGAAUGUCCACUUUCCGUUCGAACCAUACGAAAUCCAGAAAGAUUAUAUGUCAGCUGUCAUCGAGUGCCUGCAGAAACGUUGGAAUGGUCUUCUUGAAAGCCCCACAGGCACCGGAAAAACCCUUAGCCUAUUAUGCGCUUCAUUGGCGUGGUUGGAAGAUCGGAAAGCGGCCCUCCAAUUGCAAGGAACGGGUGGUACGUUAGCUGGCCUUCGAUCUCCAGACCCCCAAAUCGGCUACAGUUCAGUGCCCAGUACAACUAGUGGGAGCCUUUCAUCGUCGUUCGACCGAUCGACCCAAAUUCUUUAUUCAUCCCGAACACAUUCUCAACUAUUGCAAGCCAGCCGUGAAUUGAAGCGAACCCGUUAUGGUUAUAUGAACAGUAUUGUUCUUGGUUCGCGUGAUCAGCUUUGUAUAAAUUCCGAGGUUAACACAUUGCCUUCGUCUCAACAGAAGAUUCGAAGAUGCCAAGUGCUCGUUAACACAAGAGCCUGUGAAUUUUACCGCAACUAUGAGACAAAAGUUAGCCAUGAAGACUACUCAAAAAAGCACGUUAUCGAUAUCGAGGACCUCGUAACACUGGGACGACGGCACCAAUGCUGUCCUUACUACGCGACAAAGAUUCUUCGCAAAAAAAGUGACGUAAUCUUUGUCCCGUACAAUUAUAUCGUCGACCCGUCCACCCGUCGAUCGCAGGCUAUCGAACUGGAUGGAAACGUUGUCAUUUUUGACGAAGCUCAUAAUAUCGAGUCGUUUUGUGAAGACUCAUUAUCGUUUUCGAUGAGCUCGACUGAUUUGGCCGCAUCCGUGAAGGAGCUCGAUGGCAUCAGUGCUACGCUAGUAAAUGGUGAAAAUGCUGAUACCCUUGAUUUCGACGUGAAUGAACUAUCCGUACUAAAAACCAUGUUGCUUGAACUUGAGCAGAAGUUUGACAACGCCUCUGAGACGGGAAAGCACUACGACGGCGACUUUUUGGUCGUGAUGCUGAAGGAAACGGAAAUCGAUGCUCAACAUGAAAAGAUCAUCGGUCUGUUAGAUUCGAUUCUCAAGUACAUACAAAGCGUAUCAACUCAGGGCAUUUGGGGCCCAAAAGGAGCUGGUCUCCAGAAAACGUUAGAUAUGCUAAACACGGUUUAUUCAGGCGGUACGCUUAAUCAACUAAAAAAAAGCUUUAAGCUAUAUUUUGAGCAACAGAAAGAGACUACAAAAGAAGUGUUUGUUAUUGAGAAAAAAAAGAAAAAAUGGGAUCUGUGUUUCGUCUGUUUAGCUCCGGGGGUUCGGAUGAAUUCCAUCAUAAUGGCAGGAGUACAUUCACUGAUUCUCACAAGUGGUACCCUUUCUCCAAUGAAAACAUUGGCAACGGAAUUGGGCGUCCCUUUUCAAGUGCAACUGAGUAACGAUCACAUUAUUACACCUGAUAAAAUCGCAGUAAUGUGCAUUCCUCAGGGACCCGAUCGGACCGAGCUGAUUUCCACAUACCAAAAUCGAAAAAAUGACAAGUACAUUCGUAGCCUUGGGCUCACUAUAAACGAGAUGAGUCGACGAAUUCCACAUGGAAUAUUGGUGUUCUUCCCAUCGUUCGCGUGCAUGAAAUCUCUCGUGGAACAGUGGAACGAAAUGGGAAUCCUGAAAAGGCUCCGUGAGAACAAAUUGCUCUUGCAAGAAGAAUCAGGUUCGGCAUCGUUCACCGCGACGAUUCAAUGCUAUCGCGAUGCUGUUGUGAGUAAUCCUCAGGGAGCGAUGCUUUUCGCUGUUUGCCGAGGUAAAAGUUCAGAAGGUGUUGAUUUUUCAGACGAAUAUGCCCGAGCUGUGGUUAUCAUCGGAAUUCCAUAUGCACCAAAAGAGGACAACCGCGUUAUGCUUAAAAUGGAGUAUCUAAAUAAGUAUGGUUCAAGCGGCAUCAACGGAAUGGCAUGGUAUCAGAUUCAGGCUAUCAGAGCGAUAAAUCAAGCUAUUGGAAGGGUCAUUCGCCACCGAAACGAUUUCGGAAUGAUCUUGUUCCUAGACAAACGCUUUUCAGAGAUGGCAAUCGUUAAUGAACUCUCGAAAUGGGUCCGAAACAAAGUUGAAACAAUCCGUGAGUUCCGCAAAGCCCUCGUUGGUGUAUCGACGUUUUUUCAGGCUCAUAGUGUGUGCGUACGUAGCCGAAACACUAAUUUUGCGGAAGAUAACGGAAGUAAUUAUAUGGGUUUCAUCAACAGCGCCCAGAGGCUACCUUCAGAGGCGGGCAGUUCUAAGGUUUCAAUAUCGCAGAAGGUAGUAAUUGAUGUUGACGAAGAGGUUGGUAAGACAAGUCGUAAGCUUGUCGAGUUUUACAAGAAUACAAGAAUAUCUGGUGAUACUGAAAUCACAGCAAUUCGAAGUAAAAGUGUGCUUGAAGCAGUUGAGGAAUUUUCCAAGCAACGCGGCCCUGUAAUCGACAGUUUGCCAACAUUAGUUGGUUUAAAGAAGCGAUCCUCCGAAGUUUUUGCAAAAAAAGAGGUUCAUAAGAGAAAAAAAUUAAAUGUGCCUCUUCACGAUAUGUUAGGAGGAGAUAAAGCUAACGUAAAAGUUCAAGAAGACGCCGACGCUAAACUUGAAACAAUGGGAAAUCCCUUUCCCUUGGAUUCUUCUCCAUCUAAGUCAGAUGAGCGAAACGGGACACAGGAUUUGGCCAUUAUGGACUCCACAGUAUAUGAUGCUAAUCGGCGAAAAGAUGCUCUAGAAGUAAUGAAAAAUAUUAUGAGCGAGUUCCAGAAACAUUGUAACCAUGUUGCCGAUUGGAGAACACGUGUUACUGAGGCAAUAAAAACUUAUCGACAAACCCAUGAUCUAAGCUUAUUUUGUCAUAUGCUCUCCGAUCUCUUGGUGGAUGCAAAGGCCCAACUAGGCCUAUCCCUUUUAUUGAAUAUAUCGAAAUUAACGCCGAAACAUAAGUCUAAACUGGGUAUGGAGAUCAUUGCAAGGGUGGUCCUCCGGCCAAACUCAUCGGAAGCAGUCGCUUUAAAGAACUUGGCAGAUAACUUGAACGUUAUCAAGUCGGCCUUCAUAGUCGUACAAGUCCUCCGUUGGGUUUUGGAGGGUUCCGAUCAAACAAAGGAACUGAAGCAGUUUUUUGGAUACUAUCCACCAUGUAAAAUUAGCACGGACGAGUUUAACAAACUGUACGCACAGCCGCUACCUUCGCAAAAAGCGAUCCUUGAGCGGAUCAAGUCGGCCAUGUCUACCCAGGAUUAUAGGGUUGUUCUCAGGGCAUUGAAAAAUUUCACUAUCAAUAAAGAUGUCACUGUUCUAGUCAAUGAUAUGGAACUACGAAGUAAGCUCUCUGAUGAUCUUCGUGAGGACUUUGUAAUGCUUCUAAAUGUGAGGUAUUAUGUAGAUUUCAUGGUCGGCAUGUGUAAAUAGUUAUGUAAAUGAUGUUUCUUCUUGUUUUUAUAAUCUAAUAAUUGGCAUAAAUUGAUGCCAGCUAAUCUAAGAACUAAAUAAAAUAACGUAUUUUUAUGUAGGCGAUGCUAUCAUCAUAUACCAGGUCUCUCUUAUGUUAGUGUUCAAUAAAAUAGUAGCAUAAAUUUACACUGUUCCAUUAAAAGGUGGCCGAUCAUGAUAGCUAAACGUAUUUAAUAAACGCUUCGUUUACGCUA